AUGGCCCGUAUUUCUUUGGACUGUCCCAACUCUUUACCAGGGAUUCCCCUCAGUGUCCUGUCAGUGCCCAUGGAAAAUAAAUAUAAAUGUCAGCAAUGUCUCCAGGUCCUCAGGAAACCUGUCCAGGCUCAGUGCGGCCACCGCUUCUGUGUACACUGCUUCAAGCAGCUCACCAGUUCUGGCCCAAAGCCAUGUGAAGCCUGCCGUCAAGAGGAGAUAUACGAGGAACCCAUUUCCAUUCUAAACAGCAGUGAGGCUUUCCCAGACAAUGCAGCAGGCCGAGAAAUAGCAAGCCUGCCAGCCAGGUGUUUGAACCAGGGCUGUAACUGGACUGGAUCUAUUAAAGAGUAUGAGGCUCAGCACGAAGGUCGCUGUGAAUUCGAGCGGAUACUGUGCGAGGGCUGCCAAACCCUUAUCCUUCUCACGGAGAAGGACAGACACGAUGAGAGAGAAUGCGAGGCAAGAACUCUCAACUGCAAAUACUGCAAGAUGACCUUCAACUUCAAAGAGAUAAAGGCCCAUGAUGAGAUCUGUCUGAAGUUUCCCAUGCAAUGCAAGGACUGUGGAAAAAAGAAGAUACCAAGAGAAAAGUUCAAUGAUCAUGUGAAGUCUUGCGCCAAGUCAAAGAGCACGUGUCCAUUCAGUGAAGUGGGCUGCAAGUCUAUGGUAGAGAACGGGAAGCUCUGUGACCACGAGGUCAACUAUACUAUGGAGCACUUGCGUCUGCUGCUGCCUCUGGUGCUGUCAGCGACUCGGGCUCAGUCAGAGGGCUCUGGUGCCGGGGAGUGGCAGGAGGACUCCGGCGUGGGCCUGUACAGGGAUCCUAAUGAGGGAGCCGGGCCCACGACCUCCGUGCAGUCUGUUGACCUGGAAAAAAAAGUGAACGCUUUAGAAAACAUUGUGUGCGUCCUGAACCGGGAGGUGGAGCGCAGUUCUGUUACAAUGGAAGCGUUCGCACACCAACACCGCUUAGACCAAGAGAAGAUCGAAAAUCUGUCUAACAAAGUCCGACAGCUGGAGAGGACGCUGACCAUGAGAGACUUGCAGCUGUCUGAGACCGAACAGCUGGUGCGCGAACUCCAGUUCUGCACCUACGACGGAAUAUUCGUCUGGAAAAUCUCCGACUUCUCGCGCCGAAGGCAGGAUGCCGUGGCUGGUCGAGCGCCUGCGAUGUUCUCACCAGCUUUUUACUCCAGCAAAUAUGGCUACAAAAUGUGUCUAAGGUUGUAUUUGAAUGGUGACGGGACGGGACGGGGAACGCACCUUUCACUGUUUUUCGUCGUCAUGAGGGGAAGGUGCGACGCCCUGCUGAAGUGGCCGUUCAGUCAGAAGGUGACUCUGAUGCUCCUGGAUCAGAACAACAGGGAGCACAUCAUCGAUGCUUUCCGACCGGACGUCAGCUCCUCGUCCUUCCAGCGGCCGAUCAGUGAGAUGAACAUCGCCAGUGGCUGCCCACUCUUCUGCCCGCUGGCCAAACUGGCCGGAAAGAGCCCUUACCUCAGAGAUGAUACCAUUUUCAUUAAAGCCAUUGUAGACCUGACAGGCUUAUAAGGGUGUACUGUGGAAGUAACACCAAAAAACACUUUGUUUUGUUUUGCUUUGUUUUUUUUGUUUUUUUCAAUACAAAAACAAAAAUCUAAACCGAAUAAUUACGAAUUGUAAUAAUACUAUUAAUAAUAACAGUAGUAGUAAUAAUAAUAAUAAUAAUGUUAAUUAUAUAUAUAUAUGACAAAAAUACAAUGUUAUUAUCAUAUAGGUAACUAUAUUUAUAUAUUAUCACAUUAAAAGCAUCAUUAGGAUGUCAUUACACCUUGAGGGCGUGCGAUGUGACAUCUGCACUCAUUCCGAGGAUCCAUCUGCAGUGAAUCAGUGAAUCAGCGGUGGGAGCUGAGAAGAGCUCUCUGAGGAAAAAAGGGUCUGAAGUCAUCUGUUAUCCUGAUGUUACCCACCUUAUAUCUGUAUUGCAUCUUGUAGAUGAUAAUUAUUUCAUAUAUUAUAAGCAGCCUAAUAUCAUAAUAGAUAUAAUACACCUUCUUUAGCUUUGUGGGAGUGUGUGUGUGUGUGUGUGUUGUUUUUCCCACCACUGUGAGGAUUAUUUCUAGUUACUAUUUAUUUAUGGCUCGAGAUAAUUAAAGUUAACUAGUUCUAAUAAAAUAUUUUCGUUUUAAAGGCGCAUACUUGUGUUUAGUUUUAGCCACUGUUAGCUCUCAUGCAGUAGAGGAAAACGACAACCAAUGAAAACCAAACAAGCGCUGAUGGACAGGAAUGAAAAAUACUAGCUUAUAAAAACUAGUGUUGAUGAGCCCGUGGUGCGUGCACUUGUCACUUAAACGGCUCGAUCUGGUAAACAUUUUAUAUAAAAUUUUAAAUGAAUCUAAAGAGGAUAAGACAAUGAUAAAAUAUGUAGCCUGUUUCAAAUAAUCCCAUACUACUGUAUAACUAAAUAAUCCUGAAACAUCUAGUGUUACACAGAGAGGCAAUUAUAUAAAUAAAUAUAUAAAUCUAUAUAUGUACACACUUUAUUGUAUUAUGUCAGUGCUACUGCUAACUAUAAUGCCUGAUCAGUUGUACUCAUACUGUACUCAAUCAUAUAAAGUUAGUUUUGAAUCUUUCAUGACUUUGAUGACUGGUGAUUAUUUAUAAAGUGUUUUAAGGGAUGCUAAAGUACCAUUUGACCGUAGGUACAUUAUUAAUUUAACCAUUUUUCUGUGAUUUGAGAGUGUGUAUGUGUGUGUGUGUGUGUGUGUGUCAUUUAAGAUAAAAUUUCACAAAAUUUUAUUUGAUUUAAUUAAAAGUUCAUUUAAAGCAUAAAAAUACUGAAUAUUUCCUUGUUUUAUUUUUGUCUUCUUUUUUAAGACUUUUUGUUUUUUAAUCCUGUUUUAACCUAAACUGGAUUAAUUGAUUAUUAAAAAUUAAUAAUUGCUGGAUGUAGCAACAUGUGAAAUGUAGGCACAAAGGUGUAAGCACCACAAAUAGCUUUAAGUCAAAAAUAUCUUGUAAAACACUUUAAAAAAAAGUUUCUUUUAACCACAUAUUUUCUUACAUUUGUUUUUUUUUUUCUAAAAUAACCACGUGUGAAUGUGAAAAUCCCCCCACACACACACACACAGGAAUAACACUACAGGUGAUUCCUUUUAUGUAAAACUCUGAUGCCUUCUCCUAAAACAAACAGAUGAUGCAAACUAGCAAGGGUGCUAAAGAGAAAAAAAAACACAAGCACCACGCCGCAGUCGAAAGCAAAGAAACAUAGCUGUGUUUGUUGUGAAUAUAGAUGUGGUGUACCUGUUUAUCCUUGCUUCACGUUGUUCUAGGGGAACUCCAGCUAUUUCACAUAUAAAAGGUUUGAUAUCCAAAGUGCUCGUCAACCCAUUCUGUCGUCAAGGAGGCGAUUUAAAUGAUGGGAAAUGUGUGAACUUUUUUCAUUUUAGGGCAGAGUAGGAACAUAAAACCAAGUUUAAGUAGCCUCUUUAGCCAAACAUAUUGUGGCCUUCCUGCCUUGCAAAGAAACACAAAACCUGCUUUGGUGAAUGCCCAAAUCAGCAGAAGCAGUGUGCACAGCUGUAUUAUUGUUGCACCUUUGACUUCUGUGAAGCUCUAAUAGAGGUCCAAAGAGUUUCCAAUGUAAGUGUAUGACAGUUUAAUAACAACCUCUUUCACUCAGACCUUGUAGAUCUGAAGGUACUGAGCUCAAGCCAACAAAUUCCUAAGAAUGAGUGAAAUGUUUCACAUGGAUUAUGAAAUUUAAGACCACUGCUUCCCAGCAGCCUCAGCAAUGCCUUUGUACCUCAGGCUGACAGUGGUGAAAACUGAAAAUGUUGACUGUGUUAAUGUGUAGCAUGUCAGUGUGCUGAAUUACAAAUAAAAGCAGAACUGCAAUUCAAGUGAA